GGAUGACAGCUUCAGAUUCGGACUGUUCCGUCGACUGGCUGGCCAGCGAGGAUGACGACAGCAACGGCGCCUUCGAGCCGGACUGCGGCCAGCGAGCGGGUGCGGGGAGGACUUUGCCCUUACCCGCGCCCUCGGGGGAUUCCCGCGCCGCCCACCCCCAGCGCUGGUCCCCCGCGACCCCCCGCGGCGGUGACGCAAAGGAGGACGAGAGCCGUUUGAGCAGGGACAGCGACGACUCGAGCUGUGCCGAGUCCUGGGACAGCGAGGGCCAGGGAGAGCAGUCAUCCCCCUGCACUCCAGCCCAGAGGCCUCGGCAGGCCCAGAAGAGGCCUUACAGCCAGGGGGCGCCAGAGCCGCAGGAGGUGGAGGACAAGCUGUUCGCCCGCAAGUGCAAGCAGCUGCAGUGCUAUGUUCACCCCCUGUCUUCCAUCUUGAUUGGUCUACAGUCUGGAAGAUACAGACAGCGACUCAGCAGUUUCCAGGAGAGUGUAGCCAUGGACAGAAUCCGACGGAUACUGGGCGUUCUGCAGAACCCAUGCGUGGGUGAACGUUAUAUCAACAUUAUUCUGAAAGUGGAGGUGAUGCUGAAGACCUGGUUCCCCAACGUGAGACCCACAGACCAGCAGGUGGAAGGCCACAGCCAGGAAGCCACGCCCUCCAAGAGGCAGAAGAUCUGUCCCCUCACCACACCUCUCCCUGGCCCUGUUUCAAUCCCAGCAUCCUUCGGUGGCCUCCCAGGGAAUCAGAAGGCCCAGCGGGCUUGCGACUACCCGCCGCCUGGCACGUACUCCGCCACAAACUUAAAAUGGCUCCACACGUCUCCCAUCUGCUCCCCUGUGGUGGAGACGGCAGUGGGGGGUCCACGGGGGAAGAGGGACGUGACCCAGGACAACGCCGUCUCGUCCAGCACGGACCCCGACAGCGAGCCCAGCACCGACCUGAAGGCCGGCCCGCCCCCCCACAGCCGGCCCCCCAUGGGGAAGAUCAGCGCCCCCUGUCUGGAGAGACUGCUGAAAUCCUCAGAGAGCAUCAUCACCCGCAGAGGGGCCAACGAGAGCGGCUGGUCGUAGUAGACAGGGCGUGUGCAAGGGGAAGGGGGCAGGGCUUCACCCCCUCCAGGGACCCCAGCGCACCGCCAGCAACAGUCAGGAGCCAGUCCGUUCAGGAAGAAUCCAUUCCAGCACUUGGGAAAGUUCCUGAUGAACCAGCUUUAAGGACAAGGACAGAUUUAGAGAUACAGACUUUAAAAAGGGUAUUGAUGAGGAGUGAACACUAUAAUCUGUCCUGUCUAUGGUAGCGCCCUCUAGAGGUUUGCAUUGGAGCCGCCUUCAAUGUGAGAGUGAGAGCAGGUGGCAAAACCUGCAGAUCAUGUCGGGAGGAGGGAGCGGGUGAGGAGUUAUCCCAGGGGAUUGAAAAUUUCUCCUCAGAAAUCAUCAGAAGAUUUUCCCUGGCUUGGGGUCACCUGCUCGCAGGACUGAUAUCUGUGAAAAGAAGCAGCCAUAAAGGGAAAGAAGAUUUGAGUCAUGUGUUUUGGGAACACAAAAUAUUCAUUCGGACAACUCAGAAACUGUGUCCGUUAUAUCCAUUUUUAUGUGUGAGCGUGUUUGUGUGUGUGUGUGUGUGUGUGUGUGUGUGUUUGUG